AUGGGAGGUAACUGUCUUCAGGUGCCAGCAUCGAUCCCUCUUAAGCCAUCAAAAGUCUGGCAUAGGUUGGCAUUGGGAGAAAAGAAACGUAAACGAACGUGACCCUACCUCCAUCUCUGUGGCCACGAUUUCACCGGUUAUGGUGUCACCUGGCGUCGAGGUGUUGUCUUCAGCAAUGCAGCUGUCCAACUUACCUCCAAUCAUCCCCGCGUCCUACCUCACCACCCUUUUCCUCGUCGACGAAAAGCCUAUUCCUCUACUUUCACCAGCAGUGGUGUUGGUAGUAGUGAUGGAGGAGGCGAAAUUGGUGGUGGUCCCGUUGAGCGUGAAUCCACUGCUGGAGGAGACCUCUUUGUAGGCGCAUCAGCACCUUCCAAGGUCACCGAUCAUGGGGAUCCCUUGGGAUUGGCUGGAGGGAUCACUACGCUGCCUUCACGCAUUCCUCGCUUUACCGACCUUGGUGUUCGACCGAGACGGUGGCGUAGGCGCCUCUCCAGUCUUCUUAGUCGCUUUUCCUUCCUCCUUAGCACUCACUCCCUCACUGAUGGUGCUCAUCCUUCCUCGACAGUGAUGGAUCCAUACUACAGUGUUGGAUGUGGAUCCAAUCGCAUUCGACCAACACCUAGCUCCUUGGCAGCUCUACGAUCGGGUGAUGGAGAUUUUGUGGUGGAUCCGACUCUCAGUGUCUUCGGCAGUAGUGGAAGCAGAGGCGGAAGCAGGAGUGGGUGUGUAGGUCGACGGAAUCCACUUGUCUUUGACGUCUAUGUAGUGAUUGAGGAAGGUGUGAACGACCGAGAAAUAUUGCCCGAUUACUCGAAGAGUAAGAUUCCUCACGAAAAUACAACACAUGGUCGUCCGAGCUCUCAGGCACUGCGAAGGAAUAAUGCGUGCUGUAUGCAGUAG